UUUUAGCAAUUAUCUUACAAAAAAAAUACAUUGCAUUAUCUUUCUAGAAUAACUUUUCAAAAAAAAAAAAAAACAAUUAUUGCUUGAAUGAGCAAAUAGUGGGGGCUCGUAGAAAAGGAAGGGGUAUAUUUAUAUAUAUAUAUAGAGAGAGAGAGAGAGAGAGAGAGAGAGAGAGAGAGAGAGAGAGAGAGAGAAAGGGAAGGAGAAGGAAGUUUUUGAUUUUGUUUGGAUGGUCCGAUCGCAUGGCUUCUGUCCCUUCUCCUUAUCAGACUCACGUUCCUCUACCUUCUCACCCUGAUGAGAAGUCUCCAAUAGCUGAGCCUCAGAUAUUUGUGGUUCCCAUUCACAUUGUCACUCAUGCUUCUCAACUUCCCGCUGAGUUUCUGGAACCAUCAUCUGAAAGGCAGAUAGUCAUUGGUUUUGAUUGUGAGGGAGCGGAUCUAUGUCGCCAUGGAGCUCUAUGUAUCAUGCAGCUUGCAUUUCCAGAUGCUAUAUAUUUGGUUGAUGCCAUUCAGGGUGGAGAAAUGCUUAUUAAAGCCUGUAAGCCUGCACUUGAGUCUAGUUACAUCACAAAAGUCAUUCACGAUUGCAAACGAGAUAGCGAGGCACUCUAUUUUCAGUUUGGCAUCAAGUUGAACAACGUGGUGGAUACCCAGAUUGCUUAUUCAUUGAUAGAGGAGCAGGAAGGGCGAGCGCGGUCAUCAGAUGACUACAUAUCCUUUGUUGGCCUCCUUGCAGAUCCACGUUAUUGUGGGAUAUCUUAUCUCGAGAAAGAAGAAGUUCGUGUUCUUUUAAGGCAGGACCCCAAGUUUUGGACAUACAGACCAUUAUCUGAGCUGAUGGUCCGUGCUGCAGCAGAUGAUGUCCGUUUCCUUCUCUAUAUCUAUCACAAGAUGAUGGCGAAACUGAAUGAACGAACUUUGUGGUAUCUUCAAUUCCGUGGUGCUCUUUACUGUCGAUGCUAUUGCGUCAACGAUAAUAACUAUGCUGAUUGGCCAUCUCUUCCUCCUGUUCCAGAUAACUUGAUUGUGGAAGGUAAGGCCCCCGAGGAAGAAAUUCUAUCAGUUCUCGAUGUUCCUCCUGGAAAGAUGGGAUGUAUUAUUGGGCGUCGAGGAGCCACCAUUUUGUUAAUCAAGGAAUCCUGCAAUGCUGAAAUUCUUAUAGGAGGUUCAAGGGGUCCACCUGACAAGGUAUUCAUCAUAGGAGCCGUAAAGGAAGUGAGGAAAGCAGAAGCCAUGUUAAGAGGAAGGAUGCUGGACCUGUAGUGUAACACAUAAAACAAACUAUUGUGUUUUCUUUAUACACAUUAACCCUUUAUAAGGUGGAAUUAUCAACUCUGACAAUUUGAUUUGCUUUUCGGAACUUUUGGAAAAUAAUGAAGGAUAUUAUUUGCUUUCUUAAA